AUGGCGAUCACAACUUUGGUUCCCGCUACUACUAAAACUGACGGCAAAACCCCGUUUUCUAUUACCAAAAGUAGAGAGACUCCUCACAGAUCAGAAGUCUAUAAUAAUUGUUUACGUGAAGUUUGCGCUUACAAUCUUCUCAAAAAUCCAAUUAAAAUCGGAGGACCAAACUGCACUGUCGAGAUAGAUGAAUCUCUUGUAUCAAAAAGAAAAUACAACGUUGGACGGAUGAAGCCACAGCAAUGGAUUUUCGGAGGCAUUUGUCGCGAAACGAGAGAGUGUUUUCUUUAUUCAGUCCCCGAUAGAUCAGCUAAUUCUCUAAUUCAAUGCAUAAAUCAUUCUAUUUUACCUGGAUCCACAAUCGUUAGCGAUUGGUGGAGAUCUUAUAAUGGCAUUGAAGCGCUUCCUAAUCAUUAUAAUCACUUAACUGUUAAUCGUUGA